AAAGCAGCUGAGAGGCGACCCUCAAAGAGGCUGAAGACUGAACAUCCGGAUCUAGUAAAAUCUGAACCAGAAGGACUUGCAUGUGGAAGUGGAAACCUUGCUGCGCUGGGGGAAACACCUACAACAGCCGAUGGGGAUCAAGGUUCAGAGGAUCCAGGAGACCAUGAUGGAAUUCAACAGCAAAAAGGUGAAAGCAUUCCAGAGACUACCGAAGAGAAGCGGGAGAAGGAGCAUCCUGUGUCUCACAAGCCAGGGGUGGUGAAAUCCAGCAGCGCCCCGUCACAGCCGGGCAGUGGUGAUGAUGUGCAUGCUCGUGCCUGCAGUGAGGAGAGCAGCUGUGAGGAUGCGCUUUCGGAUGGCUCUGGCUCGGAGGAUGCUGAUCUCCCGAAGAAGCCGACGCGACUAGACAGCAGCGCCUUCGUGGAUGAGGACAGCAACCAGCCGAUGCCCAUGCACCGGUUCUUUGGCGAUGUUGAGUUUUUGCAGGACCUCCCAGCAGUUGCACUCCCAAGCACAACGAUGAGCAGGCGAGAAUUCAGAAAGCUACAUUUCAUUGCGAAGGAAGAGGAGGAGGAAGAGGAUGUUGUCUAA